UAUCCUUCUCGAUCCAACGGACCCAAACCUCUCUCUCUAUCUAAUGGCGGAUUCCGAUAACGACUCAGGCGGUCACAAGGACGGAGGCAGCGCGUCGUCGCGCGAGCAGGACCGAUUCCUCCCGAUCGCUAACGUGAGCCGGAUCAUGAAGAAAGCGCUCCCGGCGAACGCGAAGAUCUCGAAGGACGCGAAGGAGACGGUGCAGGAGUGCGUUUCGGAGUUCAUAAGCUUCAUCACGGGAGAGGCGUCGGAUAAGUGUCAGAGGGAGAAGAGGAAGACGAUCAACGGCGACGAUUUGCUCUGGGCGAUGACGACGUUGGGGUUCGAGGAUUACGUGGAGCCGUUGAAGGUUUAUUUGCAGAAGUAUAGAGAGGUGGAAGGGGAGAGGAUGACGACGACGAGUACAGGGAGACAGGGCGAUAAGGAAGGAGGUGGAGGUGGAGGGAUGUAUGGGAUGGGGCAUCAUUAUCAAGGACACGUGUACGGUGGAAGUGGGAUGAAUUAGAGAAUGAGCAAACCUCAAGCUUAGAUUCACUAUAGGCAAUAUGGCUUGUGUGGCUGUUUUGACCAUGGCUUCUAAGUAGAGUGGAAGUCUCUUACCUCUGAUACACCAUCUCAGUUUCUUGACUUUGUUACAUGUUUUUUGAAUUUUGGUUUUUGUUGUUGGAGCUCAGAGACCUCUAAACACAAUCACUGUCCAAUCUUGAAAAGAAACGUUCGCAAGGGUAGCCACAGUACAAGAGAUUUUGUGGAUGUUUUAGUAAAAUGUAUGAGACCCUUAGUGUGUACUUGGAUUAUUUUGCUUUUGUACUGUAAGUUCGUGAUUCAGGAUAUAACAAAUUUCCCCAGUUCUUAUCAAAUUCCAUGCUUAAUCUUUGAAGGUUUUGCAAUUCAAAGUUGUACUCACUUUUGUAAUUUGGAAUCUGUAUUCUGUAGAAGCUCUGUUAGUUGG